UUUGUAUAAAGCAGAAAAAUUCAAAAGCCCCUUCUUCCUAUCGCUUUCUUGCUCUUUCUUUGCCGAUCUAUGUAUAAAUUCGUUGUUUAUUUUUCCCAGUCUACUGUGAAUAGCUUAAGCUUCAGCUCCCCCAAUUUCACUUUCCGAAUAAAAACAAAUUAAAACAUAAAAUAAAAUUACCAUCAAUUCAAUUCAUCCAUUGUUUCUGCAAAUUCCGAUGGCUGAAAAUUCAAAGGAAGAUUUUCUGCAGUUGGUCAAGCGAGUCGGGGCCUUUUUCACCGUCAAGAUUUCGAAUUUACUCCGACGCCUGGAUUCACGAUCUUUUGGGGCUGUAGCAGGGCUGGCAUUGGCAAUAAUAUUUACUUGGAGGCUAUUAAGAGCACCUAGAGGGCCACAACGAAGGCAACCUAAAAGACAGGCAUCAUCAGCUAGUAGCUCUGAUGUUAAUAGUCGUGCUAGUGAAAAUGCAGGCUCGUCGUCUGAGGUUUUCACCCCUCCAGAAGAUCCCACUACCCAAAAUGUUAUUGAUGAGUUCUUUCAGCCUGUGAAGCCAACUCUCAGCCAAAUAGUGAGGCAAAGGCUGAGUGAAGGAAGAAAGGUUACAUGUCGCUUGCUUGGUGUAAUCCUCGAAGAAAACAGUCCAGAAGAGCUUCAGAAGCAAGCAAAUGUUCGGUCAUCAGUUCUGGAGGUGCUGCUUGAGAUCACAAAAUUUUGUGAUCUUUAUCUCAUGGAAAGAGUGCUCGAUGACGAAAGCGAAAAGAACGUUCUUCUAGCUUUGGAAAAUGCCGGGGUUUUUACAUCAAGUGGCUUAGUCAAAGAUAAGGUUCUCUUCUGUAGCACUGAGAUUGGACGGACGUCGUUUGUGAGACAACUCGAACCAGAUUGGCAUAUAGACUCGAAUCCUGAAAUCACUACCCAAUUAGCUAGAUUCAUCAAGUCCCAGUUGCAUGUAUCUCCCGAGAAGCUCGAACGACCCGCUGCCAACGUGUUCACGACCCCAUCGUUGGAGCAGUUCUUUGCUUAGUAAAGUUAAACAUAGUUUGUUGCUCAUACAUUUGUUGUUACCUUCGGCUUCUGUACUUUGCUCAUGAAUCGGAUUGUACUGUUCUAGACUAUAUUUACAUACUACUACGACACAAUUGUCAUAUA